AUGGAAAAUCAUAAUAAUGUCACUGAAUUCGUACUCUUGGGACUUCUCAUGAAGAAAGAAAUGAAGACAAUAUGUUUUCUCAUUUUCCUGGCGUGUUACUUAGCGAUCUUCUUGGGAAAUUUCGUUAUCUUCAUCACCAUCACAUCCAGCCAUCUGAUGCAGCAACCAAUGUACUACUUUCUUUGGCACUUGUCCUUCAUGGAUCCUUGCUUCACUUCCACCAUAGUACCCAGACUGAUCAGUGACUUAAUUGCCACAAGGAAGACCAUCUCCUACAAUUGCUGCAUGACUCAGCUCUUUACUUCUCACUUACUGGGAGGUGUUGAAAUGUUCAUUCUGGUGUCUAUGGCCUUUGAUCGCUAUGUUGCCAUCUGUAAACCCUUACACUACAUGAUAAUUGUAAGCAGGCAGAGAUGCAACCUGCUGAUUCUGCUUGCCUGGGUGGUGGCAUUUUGGCACUCCAUUGCCCAGCUACUCAUGAUCCUGAGGUUACCCUUCUGUGGCCCUAAUCAAAUAGAUCACUAUAUGUGUGACUCAAAACCCCUCUUAAAGCUUGCCUGCACAGACACACAUGUUGCUAGUAUUUUAGUCAUUGCUAACACUGGAAUGGUUGUAUUGGCAACAUUUCUGGUCUUGGUGGCCUCUUACAUCAUCAUAUUAUAUAAUCUUAGGAAGCACUCAUCUGAAGGUAGGCGUAAAGCCCUCUCCACUUGUGCUUCCCAUGUCAUGGUUGUUGUUCUGUUCUUUCUACCUUGUAUCUCCACUUAUAUCCCACCUCCCAAUUUCCUAAAUAAUGACAAAGAGUUUUCAGUGUUUUACACUGUGAUUGCACCUAUGUUGAACCCUCUCAUUUACACACUGAGAAAUGUAGAAAUGAAGAAUGCCAUGCGAAUGGUAUGGUACAGAAAAUUGCCUUUGUUAUUCAAAUAA